UAAGGGGUACGGUGGCUAAAACGGACGAUCCGAAGAAUCCACCUUUCUCUCUCUUCUUUCUCUCUCAUCUGCUCAUCUUCUCUCUAGACCCAGUAAAAUAUUUCACAAAAAAGAAAAGGGAAAAAAAGAAAACAAAACAAAUAAUUACAGAAAAGGAAAGGUUUUGUUGUGUUGUUUUUGCUGUUGUUUGGAUUUCUCAGGUAGGAGGAGAUCGUCUGUUUCUGGGUGCUGUUUACUGAUCAAUGGAAGCCAUUUAAGCUCUGUAUCAGAGCUCAUUUUGGGAAAGGAGGAAAAGGGGGAAUACUGUAAAGUAGGGGAAAAAAUCUUUGACAGAAGCUUGGUUGAGAGCAAUCAUGGCGGUGGUUGAGAAUGCUGCGUUUAACGGCGUCGUUUCAUCGAACGGGAGCGCCGCCGCCGCCGCUGCUGCUGAUCAUCAUCAUCAUCAUCAUCAUAACCAGUCAGCCAAGACUAAUCAGCGGUCAACUGAGCCCAAGGAUCAGAAUUUCCAGAUUAUGCAGCAGGAGGGCGGCAACGAAAAUGGAGUUCAGAGAAUGAACGGCGUGGAUUCGAGGAGGAAUGGGGAGAUGGACGGCGGCGAUGGUGGCGGGGAAGGGUUUAAGAGGGAGAAAGAAAUGAGGGAUUUGGAAGACAUGCUGUCCAAAUUGAACCCCAUGGCGGAGGAAUUUGUGCCGCCGUCUCUCAGUAGCGCCGGCGGCAACCACAGACCGGUGCUGCUCCCGCCGGGUGGAGGGCAUUUUGGGUAUGAUGCUAGCAAUUUUGUAGCUCUGCAGCCUCACUCCGGCCUCCCCAAUGGGAAUUUCAUUAGAAGGAAGAAGAAUGGGUAUAGUAAUGCGAAGAGAAGGCUGAAUAACCGGACAAGCAUGGCCCAAAGAGACGAGGUUAUAAGGAGAACGGUUUAUGUAUCUGACAUUGAUCAUCAGGUUACUGAAGAGCAGCUUGCUGGGCUGUUUCUGAACUGUGGCCAGGUUGUUGAUUGCCGUGUCUGUGGUGACCCAAACUCUGUGCUCCGUUUUGCGUUCGUUGAGUUUACUGAUGAAGAAGGAGCAAGGAAUGCUUUGAGUCUCGCAGGAACUAUGCUCGGCUACUAUCCCGUGAGGGUGCUUCCCUCGAAAACAGCUAUUGCACCGGUCAACCCAACGUUUCUGCCACAGUCUGAAGAUGAAAGAGAGAUGUGUGCAAGAACUAUAUACUGCACGAACAUUGAUAAGAAGGUUACUCAUUUGGACGUCAAACUCUUCUUCGAAACCAUUUGUGGGGAGGUUCUUCGCUUGAGGCUGCUAGGUGACCAUAAUCAUUCUACUCGCAUAGCCUUUGUUGAGUUUGUAAUGGCUGAGAGUGCUAUUGCUGCUUUGAACUGCAGCGGGGCAAUCUUGGGAACACUUCCUAUAAGGGUAAGUCCAUCGAAGACUCCUGUUCGACCUCGUGCCCCUCCUCGCCCAGCAAUGCACUGAUCUAUCUACCAUCGUUGUUGUCAUCAUCGCUGCUAUGGAGCUGUUCUUUCUUCUGUUUAUCAAUCUAUAUGCACAUAGUUACUCGAAACCUUUGAUUGUACUUUGUUCCGACUAUGUUGUUUAGUGUCUGUAAGGGCCCAACUGAGAAGAAUUUUUAUUGUCUCCAUUAGAGAGCUUGUAGAGUUGUUUCGGAUGGUAUGUCUUAUGAGGCUUACUUCUCGUAAUUUAUGUUGGCCAUUAUGCUAAACUCUCUCAUAGCCAAUGCACUGUGCAUCCAAGUGCUGAUGCUGCCAGUUCAUGUUUCUAACACUUAAGACUGGUUUUAACUGCUUAUUAUACUUGUCUUAUACAAAUCCUUUUUAGUUUCAAGCA